UUUCCUUCUCAUUAUCAUUCAAAUCGCGAUUUGAGUGCAAAGCUACAACAGUUACCAGGACAAUAACAAAUUGAACGCAAUUUUAAUUCAAACAACUAAUGUUUGUGUGUAUGUGUCCAUUGAAGGCAUUGCAAAUGUUAUUUAACAUAACUGCCUACAUUUUCUGAGUGUGUCAUUUAUUAUGAUGGAUACUUAAAACCAAUAUUGAAGAGAAACUCCAGCUACACUACAAAGAAAUGAGCGUCAACGUUUUUUUAAGUGCGCUCAGCACUCGUUGCGGGCGUCAAGCGAAACAGAAAGAUAAAGAGAAAGAGAAAGAGGAAGACACAUAAAGGAAUCAGAAACGAAACGUGACUUUUGGCGAAUAUAAAUUGAAGCCACAGAGCGAUAAAAAACUGCAAUGCCAACCUGAGCGAGAUUCGCCUGACGCAAUCAAACAGAUAAAAGAUACACUCUCAUAUAUACAUAUAUAUACAUAUAUUCAUAUAUAGAGAGAAAGAGGGAGAGAAAAAAAGAGCUGUCCAUGGCGGCCCCUUCAACGGCAACACGCUUGAGCGCAGUGAGGCGACAUCAUCAGCAUUCCCCCAGUCACUUCACAACCAUUUGGAUGCUGCUCCUGCCCUUGCUUGCUGCCGCUGCAACUGCAGCACCCACAUCAUCGUCAUCGUCAUCGUCAGCGUCAUCGUCGACGUCGACCGCAGAACGUCGACGCUGUGCACACAAAGGUAUUGCUGAACUCAUUCGCACAAGUCCCGUAAUUGUUAAGGCGCUGGCAGCACGAAUUUUCACCGAUGCUGAACUGGACGAAUUGGCUGCUGACGGUGCUGCAAUGGCAUCAGCCUCAGAGGCUGCCACAAUUUUAAUAACAUUAACACCGGAAACGAUAUACAAAGGCGCCUCAAUGCUCAAAAUGGCCAAUGGAGCAUCGGCUGCCGGCGACAGCAUGAUGGGAUCAGAAGGGGGCACUUCAGGCAACGUGUUGCGACGCAACAGUUUUGCCAGCCACAGAAGCUCUAGUACCUGGAGUGGCAGUGGAGCUUAUCAAUAUGAGGGGCAACUGAAUGCCACUCUGCAGCCGCUGCAUUGUUUUGAUGCUAAUAUGCUGAAAAUGCUGCCUACGGAAUUAAUUGCUUUUGGCAAUUUGCUACCCGCAUCAUUCGCUGGCUCAAGCUCAGGCUCAGGUGUUGCUGGGACAGACUUUCUCCCCAGCUCUAACCCCGUGCCUAUGACCUCAGGGCAGAUGCAACGACCGUUGCUUGGCUCAUCGUUAGAUAGUAGCUCUCAAUUGGCCACUGACAAAGACGUGCUACACAUCAGCAUUAAUGGACUGCACCGUUGGACGCCCCAAUUUGAAAAUCAUAUCUGGAAGCAUUUGGGCUGGGACGAUUGGAGCGAUUUUACAUUGUGCAGCGUCACCUGCGGCAAAGGUGUGCAGCAGCGUUUCCGUCGCUGUCUGCUGGACAAUCCGCUGGUGGACAUCAGCAUGAAUAUGAAUCUGAAUCUGAGUCUGGACGACGAUGACGACGACGACGGCGCCAAUGAUGAGGUGGAGAAAGGGGACGAAAAAAGACAAGAACAGGAGCAGGCGAUAGAUGUGGAGCAGACUGAGGUGGUUGCUGACGAGGCAAAUAAUGAUGUCGGCAGCGCUGAGGUAACGGCAACGGCGGCAACAGCACUCACAUUCAAUGCUGAUAAUAAUGAAGUGCUCAGUCAUGACGGGAAUGGAAAAGAGAUGGAGAAACGUGUGAGGGAUGAUGAGGCAGCAUUACUGAUGAUGCAACCAGUUGGCAUCGCAGCUGAUGUCCUUCACCGACCCUUGAACAAACAGCUGCAAAAAUCCGCACAGACAACGACACCAGCUUCAGCUGCAACAUCAACGACGUAUGCAACGGUUGGACUAACAAACGAUGGUAAUGAACUGGGCGGAACCGCCGCAGGUACAAAUGGAGAUAAAGAAACGGGAACAGAAGCAGGAGCAGGCGCAAGUGGCGUCACAUUUUUACCAUCUGCACGUAAUGACCAUCGCAGGACACGUGCAAAUAAUCAGCAUAAGAAGAAGCGCAAAUCCACUAAAAGCGUUGCCUUAUCGACACUUUUGUGUGAGGGCUACAACAUCGAGCAGCGCAACUGCAACAGCUUUGAGUGCAGUGAUGAUAUCAGCGAUUUGCUCAAGUUCUAUAAGAAGCUGCCGAUCUCAGCGGCCGAAGAGCAGGCAAAUGAUCCUCCCAUCAAUGAGAGUGCCCCAUCGCCACCUACAGAAUUUACAGAUCUAACAACCCCAAUAUCAAUGGGCGUGCCAUCCUCUUCAACGCCAUCGAAUAUGGGUUAUGUACGUAACUGGAGAAAUAUGCUGAAUUUUACCUUGAUGAUCACUUUAAGAGCAAAGAAUGAUACAAAAAAUACAUCGACAAUAUUCUCCAUACGCAACGUCACACACAAUUUGUAUUUGGAGGCAUGCAAGGAUGGACUUCGCCUAUAUCUGGAGCGCGACAAUACAACGGAAAUGUUGCCGGUGAAAUUCAAUUUAUAUGAUUAUCGUUGGCAUCAAGUGGCCAUCAGCAUUCAAAAUGGCGAUUUCAUAUCGAUUUACGUCGAUUGCUCGUGGACAAACAGUUUUGUUGUUUCGAAGCGAUUGCUUACGCUGCCCCAGGAUGCGGAUGUGGAAAUUGGACGUGGCUUUAAUGGGGAACUGCAACAAUUGCUGGUUCUGCCGGAACACCAAGAGCGAUUGCAGUGCAGCAACCGAAGGACGUCGAUCAACGAGGUUAAGCGAUACAUUAUUGACACAUUUAUCGAGGAUUAUGGCAACAAUUGAAGCGGAUUCUCAUAUGCAAUGCAAACAGCAGACAAAACCACUCCAUAGCCAGUUGAACACGAAGUUGCGUUCACCACGGCGAAUCCGAAUAGAAAACAAUAAUAGGAGCGAAAUCAAAUGAAAAUCAUAGUAUACUAUACAACACAUAGUACAUUUAUUUAUAUUUGCUUUCGCAUUUGCCGGGCAAAUAUAAAUGAGGAGACUAUAAUGCAAUCCAGCUAACGAUACGAUUCGGUCCAUCGAAUCUCAGCACAUAUAUAUUAUAAAUACAAUACAUAAAAAUGUAUAUCAUAUAUAUAUCAAAUAUAUAUAAAGUGAUUGAUGUUUCCUAGCUGUGCAUUUCAAGUAUUGUAAAUUAUGGUACUCGACAACUUAUGCGUUAGUGACUAUUCACUUUGCAUAUGAAUAUUAUUGGGAAUUCAUUGAACACUUGUAUGCAUCUGAACACAAUACAUUGUAUUUGUAAUAAUUAAGCUAAUUUGACAUAAAACAAUAAUUAUAAUGCAAACAAAAACAAACAGCAGAAAAUGCAAACAAAAUGAGACACAGCAACAUUAUCGAUGUAAAUUGCAAAUGCGCAAAAAUAAUGCGAAUAUCAGAUAAGAUUAAAGUGAAAAACGAAAUCAAUAAAAUAAUUAAUUAUGCAU